AUGGGUGGAUGGAGGUUUUAUGAGCUGUUGAUAGUGGCAGCCAAUUCUGGUACUUCUUCAAAUUACUGUGCAAACACACCACUGAACUUCGGACAGGGCACCCAUCUGACAGUGCUUGGGAAGGACAAUGAAAAAAUCAUACCACCGACUGUGGCCAUCUUUUCACCAUCAAAGCAGGAGAUUCAACAGAAGAAUAAGGCCACUCUGGUAUGUCUGGCUUCCGGUUUCUACCCUGAUCACCUCAAUUUAGUCUGGAAUGUGAAUGGCAACAAGAGGACAGAAGGAGUGGGAACAGAUGAGAUUUCCACAUCAAAUGGGAGCACUUACACAUUGACCAGCAGACUGAGAAUCUCGGCCCAAGAGUGGUUCAACCCUCUGAACCGUUUUGAGUGCAUUGCUGAAUUUUUUCACGAUGAACAGAAAUCAAUACAUAAAUUCAUCCAUGGUGAUACUG